AUGACCAUCCCACUGAUAAUUGUAGCUCUCAACAACUUCUCUGCAUCAACUGUCAGGGCCCACACGCGGCCCCAAUCUGUCGCCACACCGCUUGCUGAGGCAGCAGCGGAUGUGGUGCAAACCAGUUCUGUUGGGACCGGUGCCGCUCCCGCCUCGGCCUCCCCGUCCUCCAGUGCGUUGGAGGGUGCCGAGAUGAUGGACACCGCGGGCCCCGCACCGGAUCCCACCGCCACUGCACCGCCCGUGCCACCUGUGGCACCCUCGGGGGUGGCGGCUCAAACGAAGGGCUCCCGAAAGGGGGCCAAGUCCGGGGGGCCCGGCUCGACGGGCACCCCUCGGACAUCUGAUGAUGACAUGGAUGUCCGGCCGUUCCUGCCUGCCACGCAGCGCAAGGAGCGGCCUGUGACGGCUAAGCCUUCAGAAGGGCCUAAAAAGCCCAAGCCAAGAGUAACAGCCCCGAAAGACGACACAUGA